UUGCAUUCAGAUUUUUUUGAAAAACUCGCUAAAGAGCGUGGUAAGUCUUCGAAAGACAGAAAGAAACGAAAUUCAGAUGAUGAAAGCGAGGCGUCGAGCGAAGAGUCAGAGGAUGAACGCAAACGAGUUAGAAGAAGAGAUGCAGGCCGCGUAAAGCGUGAUCUUGACCCAAUGGACCCCGCUGCUUACUCUGACGUUCCUCGCGGUAGAUGGUCAACUGGAUUGGAUGCUCGAGGAGAAGCCAAAACAGGAGUUGACUCGACAGUCAGUGGCCCUUUGUUCCAGCAGAGGCCUUACCCUGCACCAGGAGCUAUUCUUCGACAAAAUACCGAGACGCAUGACAAACGAAAGCGAUAA